GCCGCCCUCUUCCCUCGCGGACUCCACCGCGCUGCUGGCACGGCCCCGAGGCGCUCGUAUAAAAGGUUGGCGCAGUUGCCCCGUUUUUUCAUCUCUCUCUCCCGACAGGCAGGCCUGAGACAUGGCAGCCUCCCCCGACACUCCCUUCAAAUCCUUCACUCUCAUCGUCGCCCGCGAUAAGGAGGCAACGCUGGCCCGGAAACACCCAGCAUGGCUCAAUCGGUACAGGCCCUAUGCCCCGGUCGCGGAGGAGGAGUACGUUAUGUACUCCAUCGAUUACAUCAAAGACGACGACGAUGGCCGCAGCGAGUCCAACCCCUCGGCCUGGUCGACCAAAGACAGCGCGGCGAGCUUCAGCUUCCUUGACUUCACCACCGACACAUCGCACGAGAUGCGGCGCCUCCAAGUCCAGGACCCGACUCCGGCGCAUCGUCGCGCUGGCCCCAGGAUCAUGCGCCUGCUAUCGCGGCUCGGAUGCUGCUGCCGACGUCUCCCGCCAGAUUAAGAUCACAAGAGAAAAAAAAGAGAGAGACCUGGGUAGUUCUGUUUUCCCGAUCGCUGACCACUGGACCCCCCACCGCCCGACGCCUACUUUGGGACGUACGCGUGGCCUAGCUCUGACUCGCCGCGGGGACGCGCCACCUGCUCCUCAUCCGGAAAUGCCCCAUACCGAGUCACCGACGCCCUCGCUCCCGAGGACCGGACCCACAGCUCACCUCCGAAACCUCCGUCGCAUCUACACACAUUAUCAUCUGCAUCAUCGUCAUCAUCAUCAUCAUCGUCAUCGUUCCCGUCCGUCCGCAAUCAACACACCGCCCCUCUAUCGCGCUUUGACUCGUACAUAUCACCGACCCAUCCUCAC